GUAAAAGCCUUGAUUUGUAAAGAAGAAGUUGGGGACAAGAAUGUGGACCCGUGCGUGAACUAAACUGUUUUUCGACCCUUUUUUGUUCAAAUAUUGUAAAAAAAUUUAGAAUGGCUAAUAUUGCUAUAAAGAGAGUUCAGAGGGAAUUCAAAGAGGUCAUCAAAAGCGAAGAGUUGAAGUGCAAAGUUGAACUGGUAGACAACUCAUACACAAGGCUGCGAGGCGAAAUAGCUGGACCUCCAGGCACUCCUUUUGAAGAUGGAACCUAUACACUGGAUAUUAACAUCCCUGAAACAUAUCCCUUUAACCCACCGAAGGUACAAUUUGUGACAAAAAUUUGGCAUCCAAAUAUCAGUUCAGUUACAGGAGUGAUAUGCCUGGACAUCUUAAAAGAUCAGUGGGCUGCGGCUAUGACACUGCGUACUGUGCUCCUAUCAAUACAGGCUUUACUCUCUGCAGCUGAGCCUGACGACCCUCAAGAUGCAGUUGUAGCUAAACAGUAUAAAGAACACCCUGAAGUGUACUGGAGGACAGCAAAACACUGGGCUGAAGAAUAUGCUGGAGCUCCCUCUUCGCACAAUGUUGAUUUUGAACAGAAAAUAUUGCGAUUGACUUCAAUGGGGUUUACCAAGAUGCAAAGUUUAGUAGCCCUGUCAACACAUUCCUGGAAUUCAGAAAGAGCUGUUGAGUCUUUACUCAGCAGCUGACAGGUUUGCUCUUGCGCAGUGUUUCCUUCCUAGAAGUCCUUGUAGCAGCAGAUAUGGAAUAACAAGAAAGCAAGCUAGUUUGGACAAAGGGCUUUAUGUAAACUUUUAGACUAGUUAAUCAUUCUGAAAGAAAUAUAAUUACACAGUUGUAUUGCAUAGUUUCUUGAUUAAAGAAGAGGCUAGUAUGCUCCAGAAACUGUAUUUUCAUGGCCUGACUGUAGAAAAGCCAUAUGAAUUUAAAUAAUUUACUUCUUACAGCGCUUUGAGAUUGUUAAGACUUUCCCAACCAUUAAAAAAUUGUCCUCAUAUGGGCUGGAAAUUUAAAUAUAGAUGCUGUCCUUUAGAAAUCAACUUGGCCUCCAGACACCCAAGUGGUAAGAAUUACAUUACAUGACUGCUGCUGCUCUGGUUAUCACAAAAACUGAAAUAAAAAAAAAUAUUGUUUGAGUAAGUGAUACCUUUAUACAUCACUUCUAGACAGAUAGAUGGAGAAAGUGGGUGUUAUUUUGCAGAUGAGCAGCCAGAUUGUUAAGUAAGGUACAAAAAUGCAGUAUCUGUAAGUAUAUUUAAGCACAUCUGGAGACUAUUGUUUGAAAGAUCAAGUUCCUCUUUGGAAAGUUCACAACUGGGGGGCAAUGCUGGACAUUGACACACACUAUCACAACUAGGCAACAGAAGAUUUCAAUGUGUGGAUUAGCCACUAUGGCAAGUAAGGCAAGAGAAAUGGGGAAGAUAGCAUUGUUUUUAAAUAAAUAGCCCAAUAAAACAAAGUAAUGUAACAAGUAUUUCUCCUUACUACAUCAGUACAUUGUCCUUUAAAGAGGUUAUGAGGAGAAAGACACUCACCAGCUAAACGAAGUUAUCCUGUCGUAACACCACAGCCCAUAGUUGAUUUACUAAAAAUGUUUGAUAGCUGAAAAGGAGAGUUACAAAUCAGAUAAGAGGAAGUGUGAAUAACAACUAGGCAAAUAAUGUAACAUUUAUGUUUUGGGUUAAUAUUACAACAAAAGAUGACUGUAUCUGAUAAUUCAUGCAUCUUAAUCACCCUGCUAUUAGUAAUGUUUAGUCAUUAACUUGGCUGAUGGGUUUUUUUAUUUCAUUUUUGUAUCAAUACGGACAAAGAAACUUGUAACAUGAAGCGUGAAUGUAGUUAGGAUCUUGGAUAGUAGAUUGUUGAAAGUAGCAACCAUGUACCCUGAGUGAAGUGAACAAAGAGAAGUGCAAAUAAUUAUCUUGCUGACUCAUACCAAAGCCUGAAAAGAGGUGUUAUUGGCUAAGUAGACCUAAGUUGCCCCAGUAACAGUUUACAAAUUAACUUAAGAAUAGUGGUCUGAAGUACUCUUCUAUUGGAUACAGCUUGGCAAUGGUUGUGUGUUGCCGAAAUGAAUACCUUCGGUUAUGGCAAGAAAUAGACAAAUCUGAAACUUUUCUGGAGAAACAGCAAAUUAGCAUGGAAAGUAAAUUGUCAAAUUGUUGUCACUUUCCUCAGCAGAAAGUCAGACGGAAAGUUAGUGUCCAGGCCUGAUAAAAUGUAGUUAAAAUUAAGUUACAAAUGUAUUCCUUCCCUGAUUUUCCCUUUAAACUUACGCAGGCAUUGAUUCAAGGAUUUGUGGAAGUCCCUGUCAUAUUAGGUUGUAGAAGUAUGAUUUUUGUUUUGCUUUGUUUGCCUGAAUAAAUAAUGACACUGCA